AUGCCAGUGCCUGUGAGCCCAAGCUCUCCGCCUUAUCCUGACCAUCCUAUCCCCACGCCGCUGUCGUAUGUUUCUCAGUCCCAGCUGCGGCAGCCGUCCAACCAGACCGCUUUGGCUGUGGACCAGCUGAUCAAUUUGAAGUUGAUUGAGAUGCUGACGGCAAUUACCACGCUUCGAGCCAGCUUCGACGACCUUCUGCGGAAAUACGACACUGUUUGCGCUGCCCAACAGCAGAGCCAGGACGAUAUGGUGCAGCUUCUUGAUAUCUUGGAUAAAGACGAGCUACGACUGGAAAAUUUGGCUGCGUUCCGAAGCAAACUCGUUUUGAGAAACCCACAGCAGGAGAAACAGCCCUCGGUGAAUGGCCAGGCCGGACAGCCUCAAAGUGCCCAGAACGGCUCGGCAGAAGAACCACCUUCGUCCAGUAUCGUGCCCCAGCGCUACCCUCUAAACCCAAACUAUUCCUUGUACAACAACGGCGAAAACGGCUUUCGUCAUUUCAAGCUCGGCGAGGACGGCCACCAGAACCGCCAGUUUUCUGUCCUCAUGGACCCGCUUCAAACCAAGGCGUUGAAGGGCCCCGAUGAGCUCAAAUCGUCCAGCCCGCUUUCCAACCAGAAAGACGCCAGAGCACCUCCCCAUGUCCAGCAGUACCAGCCCAAGGUGAACCAGCAGGCCGCUCCGCUGCUCUACCAGCCUUACAUGCGUAGUGAAACGGGGCAGCAGAGAACGGUUUCUUUGCCUAUUCUCGAUAAGAACAUGCCGCAGAGUUUUUCACCUCAGCAGAGACACUCUACAACUGCGCUUUUGAACGACGACAAGAGGCCCAUCUCGCCUGGUCACGUUCUUCCCAAAACCUUCACGCUGAACCCAAUGGUCACUUCUGUUCCUUCUAAAGCGCCUUCUCCAGCUCCCAGUAUACCGCUGACGCCUUUUGAAGGCAAGAGCGUGCUUCCUUCUGUCCAGGAGCUCGAUAAGCUGAUCAAGAGAAGCGCUUCCGGAAGGCUCUCUGAUUUGCUUUCUGAGGACGACCUGAAGGCCAAGAAGCUCAAGACCGAGGCCAACGACAACACAGACACGUUGGUCUAUCUCGUCUACAUGGACUACCUCAGCAAGUUGAUGAGUGAAGAGGGCAUGACUGAGCGGCUGCUAGAAGCCAAACACGAGGAAUUGAUGCGGUACUACCGGGGCUAG